GUUCGUUGUCACUUCAGCAACAGACCUUUUGCUUUCUCCUUAAAAGGACUUUUUUUGAACUAUACCAUUAAUAUCUUACAGCUGGGCACGACGAUUCAAAAAUAGAAACAUAGACAAGACAAUGCCUCCGACACUUUUAUCUUGCGGCUCAAAUGCUGGUUCCCACCUCGCGAUCAACCAUCCCAAUGACGUCUCUGUACUCACACCCACCGCGUACCAUCCCUCGCUCCCACCAAUCUCUCCGUCAACGAGAAUCCUUCAAGUCGUCUCUGCUUCUGCGCAUUCUCUUCUUCUGCUCUCGUCGCCCAACCCAGUUGCUUUGAAUAACGGGCAAGGCAAAGGGUGUAGAAAUGUCUUGCUGGGCGCUGGGACGAAUACUUUCGGACAAUUAGGACCUCGGUGUGCGUUUUGGGAUGAUGUACGCCCCGGAGGGCAGUGGAAAAUGCUUAAUCUAUGUCGGGAGUAUGGUCUGGAAGCCUCAUGGGAGCCUGUGAAAGUUGCUGCGACAUGGACGACGAGUUUUGUGGUCUACCAACAAGUGCAAGAGGCGUCAUCAGAGGGUGGAGCAAGUGAAGAUCCGAAAGAAAGCAAGAUUCGUCAAGUUAUCAUAUCAUGCGGCUCAAACGACUUUGGAGAACUGGGUUCUUCGACACCUCUCACACUGUCUGGUACGCCAUCACCUAUUCACGUUUCGCAGGCGUCACAAAAGCCGACGCUGGUUGAUGCGGGGCUCAAGCCUGGAGAGAGGGUGCAGAUGAUCAAAGGCGGACAAAGACAUGUAGUGGUGGUUGUUGGGGGUUUAAAAGGUCAAAGAAUUGUGGGAUGGGGAGCAUCAAGAAAGGGGGAAUUGAGUGCUGCGACUUUAUCCAGUGUAAACGCUGCUGGGCCGUCUAACAAGGCAAAAGGUAAAAGCAAAGCGAAUCUCUACUCACCCACAUCACCUCCGACACUCAUCGAUCUUCCCCUCCAGCCAGGUCAACAUGUUAUUGAUAUCGCUCUUGGAGCAUCACAUACCCUCGCCCUUCUUUCUGACGGCUCAGUCCUUGGUUGGGGCAGUAACCUCAAAGGUCAGAUCACAGGCGUGCACGAGUUGGGAAACGUCAAGGCUAUCGCAGCAACAUGGGGAGGAUCUUACUUCCUUACAUCGGAUGGUGUCUACUCGCAAGGUUCCAACACGCACUCGCAACUCCUCCGAGGUCAAGCAAGUUCAGAGAGAGGUAAAAUCAAUAUACCAGGAGGUUGGCAGGCGAAGAAAAUAGUGGCAGGGACGGAACAUCUACUUGUACUGGCCCGGAAGGAUGGACAGGAGGACGUGCUAUUUUCGGGAGGAUGGAAUGAACAUGGUAAUCUGGCGAUGGGAGAUGAAAGGGACAGAGAUGCGUUAGAGAGAGUUGAGCUGAAGGGUAAAGUGCUUGGGCUAUGGGGUGGAUGUGCGUCGACCUGGGUUUGGGUAGAGGCUUAGGCCUGGCAUGCUUAUACAACUGUCAACUUGUUCCGGGCGGCCUCAUUACUGUAUUGAAGCCGUGAAGAUCUUUUGAAGCGAUGCGCUCGGGCACCAUCUCCGGGCGGGCCUGGUAUCUGAAUGGGACAAAAGCCGGAUCGCAACAUCAAAAUGUCGCAUCAUAAACACCUUUUUUGUUCACCAGUUCCCAUUUUUAGAGGUUGUUUCGUGCCCGACACAUCUAUAAUAACAAGUUUCGCCAGCUCGUUGUGAAAUAUG